AACCAAGGUCUUCUGGCCUCAAGGGGCAGCAUCCUAGCCGCUACAUCCAGCAGCUACAUACAUAAGCUGAUUAUUAACUACCAGGCCUGCCUUUACCGUAGAUAAAACCAUUGCGGUUCUCCUCCCCUUCCUUCCCCCGCCCCCGCCGCGCACGAACACAGUCCCUCCCCCUAGCGCAUUUGCCCGACAAUCUCUUCGCUAGGAGGCUCGGAGCCACCCCAAACCGGGAUCUUUACGUGGGGCCAUUCGUUGCGUUCCCCAGCCUCUCCUCCCACUCGUUGCGCGCUCUGCGGCAGCAGCCCAGAAGCUCGCGCCCUACCACGGCACGAGACGCUCAGCGGCAGCAGCCCGGGAGCUCCCGCCCCAGCGCAGCACGAGACCCACUUAGCUGCAGCCCAGGAACUCGCGCCCUAAUGCGGUAAGAGACACUCUAGGGGGCAGCCCGGCAACUCGCGCCUCAGUUAGCCUGAGACGAGCCGCUCGUUCGCUCACUCUACUCGUCAUAGGCUCGGCGGAAGGAACUCUUGGGAGGAGGCAGUUAGUUACCCAUACCCUCGCGAGAGCCGGGCGCGCCCAGGACUGAGCAGGCGCUAUGGCUGCGGCGGCGGCAGCGACCGUUGGGAAUGGAGCCUGCACCCCGGCUACCGGUGGCUCUCUGGCCGGCUCCUAUCGCCCCUUUGAGCCCCAGGCGCUUGGGUUGAGUCCGAACUGGCGCCUGACGAGCUUCUCCGACAUGAAGGGAUGAGGCUGCAAGGUCCCCCAGGAGACGCUGCUCACUCUCCUGGCGGGACUGACGCGGCCGGAGGAGCGGCCCCCGCGGGCCCCCGGCCUAAACCUUGGCUUCGGGGACGUUGUUGCGGAAGAGGCUGCCGGGCCGGCGGUCCUGGAACCCGGACCGGAUGCCGGGCCCUUCCUGCCCUCCGCGGCGGGCCCCAGCCUCCCCUCCCCCACCCUCGGCAUAGGAAUGGACUCCUGCGUGAUCCCCUUGAGACAUGGAGGACUUUCGCUUGUGCAGACCACUGACUUCUUUUACCCUUUGGUUGAAGACCCCUACAUGAUGGGACGAAUUGCCUGCGCCAAUGUGCUAAGUGAUCUUUAUGCCAUGGGCAUUACCGAAUGUGAUAACAUGCUGAUGUUACUUAGUGUCAGCCAAAAGAUGAAUGAGGAGGAGAGAGAAAAAGUAAUGCCUCUCAUGAUCAAAGGCUUUAGAGAUGCUGCUGAGGAAGGAGGAACCUCUGUGACCGGGGGACAGACCGUGGUAAAUCCCUGGAUCAUAAUUGGAGGUGUUGCUACUGUGGUCUGUCAACCUAAUGAAUUCAUCAUGCCAGACAGUGCGGUUCCUGGGGACGUGCUGGUAUUGACCAAACCCUUAGGAACUCAAGUGGCAGUCAAUGCCCACCAGUGGCUGGAUAAUCCAGAAAAGUGGAAUAAAAUAAAAUUAGUGGUAACCAGAGAAGAUGUAGAGUUGGCCUAUCAGGAAGCUAUGUUUAGUAUGGCCAUGCUGAAUAGAACUGCUGCUGGAUUAAUGCACACCUUUAAUGCUCAUGCUGCCACUGAUGUCACUGGCUUUGGAAUCUUGGGACAUGCUCAGAAUCUUGCAAAGCAACAAAGAAGUCAAGUAUCCUUUGUCAUUCAUAAUCUACCAAUCAUUGCCAAGAUGGCUGCUAUUAGUAAGGCCAGUGGGCGUUUUGGUCUUCUCCAGGGAACAUCAGCGGAAACCUCUGGGGGUCUACUGAUUUGUCUGCCCCGAGAACAUGCAGCUCGCUUUUGUGCUGAAAUUAAGUCUCCCAAAUAUGGAGAGGGUCACCAAGCAUGGAUUAUUGGCAUCGUGGAAAAAGGAAACCAGACAGCCCGCAUCAUCGACAAACCAGGGAUUAUCGAAGUCACACCUCGUGGAGCCACUGUACCCCUUCAUCCCAAUAAUUCCCAUGCUAGCCUUGAGCCUGGUUCAUGAGAUGGUAAAGCAGCAAUCAUUUGGACCUUAUAGACUUUUGGACACAAUCAUGGAUCGUUUAAAAUGACUACUUAUUAUUUUGGGGAAGGGGAAAUUUCCAAAGAAAUCUGUUUGAAUGGUAAAAAGUUGCCUUCUUUGGGUGACUUUUUUAAUGAGCCAGUUAAGGAAAACAGCUGCUUUUGUGCUUAUUUCAAUGUCAUAAAUUAUAUUUUAGAUGUUUUACUAUCUGGAUGGGUUUAACCUCUUCUAUAGGAGGGAAGCAGAAUAAUUUUAUUUCCCCUUCCAGCAGCAAGAUGAAGCUGUUAGAGUUUGAGAGUAUUUCUUGAACUAUAUGAUUAGAGAGAUUGCUUGGUUGAUUAUAUUCAUACAUAGGAAAUUAGAUUAUUUAUUGAAGGUGAAGGACAAAUUGGAAAGAACUUAGAUCAUAAGCAAAUAAGCCUGGAAGGAUAACUUUCAAACUUGUAAUGAUAGGAUGGUGUUAUCUGGAAUUAUUUAUUGGAUUUUUUUUUUCCCUUUGAAGUGUUGGCUCUUUCCCACCCUGGCCAAGAAGUGAGCAGCUUGUCCAAAGGUUGGGAAGUAAUGACCUGAAGCCAUUCUGCUAACCACAAGCCUUGUCUCUGUUUAUGAUGCUUCUCCCAUAAAACCCUAUUAAGGGCUGGGAGAGGCUGAGCAAAACCUCAGAGUCUAGGCCUUGGUGUCACUAAAAUCUAUAAUCUUAAUUUCUGGUCACUCAACUAAUAAAAAAGUUAAUUUUUAGGUAUCAACAAGUAAAUAAAAUCUAGAUAAACUAUAUUCUCAGCAUUCCUUUUAUCUGUCAGCAUAGCAAAUGUAUCAACAAGGAAAUGAGGUAGUUUGGUAUGACCUGUUCUUGAAGAUGUCAUUGAUGGUUUUCUGUGAUCAAUGCAGCCUUUUCUGGAUAUUCAUGAUUGAUUUAUUUGUUAAUACAUUCUAUUUUGAUAGGUAUAAAAGUUAAUCUCUCUGGCCUAUAUAGUUCUGUUUGUUGAAAAUCAGUAUAUUGCCACCCUUCUCCAAGUGUGAAACACUCUCCUAAUUCUGGAAAGAGUUCUAGAUGUUGAAGAAACCUGGUUUCAAGUCCUACCUCUGACACUAGUUAUGUGACCAUGGGCAAAGUCAUGUAAUCUCUGAAUUUGUUUCCUCAUCAUUAAGAUAUAUUUGUAUUUCCCUCACAGAGUUGUUAUGAGGUUCAAAUGAGAUAAUGCAUGUAAAGUGCUUUGUAAACCUUAAAAGAAAUAUAUAAUUAUCAACUAUUAUGAUUUCAAAUAUCACUGAUAGUGGUUUACCAAUCUUAUCUUCCAAGUCUUUAAGUGAAGGGAAGUACCCUGGAAGUAAGUUCAUGGGAGCUUAGUCACUUGAGAUUAUUCAGACAUGAGUUCUCAAUAUAUUCUUGCUUACCUUAUGUUUUUGUUUUUUAUAAGUUUUGUUCUGUCCUUUCUAUCCCCAGAAUUAUCCCAUUUGAAAGAGAAAUAAAAAAUUGAGUAAUUUU